CUGUAAUCUCAUCUCGGAGAGAGAGAGGGAGAGAGAGAGAGAGAGAGGAGAGGAGAGAGAGGAUAAAAGCUUCUGAGAGAGAGAGAGAGAGAGAGGCUUUCGCCAUCGGUAGGGUUUUACCCGAACCAAACCAGAAAGACGAAAAGAAGAAAAGAAAAGGAGAGAGGGAGGGAGGGAGAGAUCGUAGCAAGAAAAGGAAAGGAAGAUGAAAAAAAAUGUAAAAAUCGAAGAUCUGAUCUUCAAUCGAUCUCGACAUCGCCAGAUUCCAAGGAUUUGACUGUAACCAGUGGGGGGGCUCCAUCGGCAAGCACAUAAGAGCCUGGUUCAUCAUUAUCUGGAAAAUGAGAUCUGAUACACCUCUCGACUACGCUGUAUUCCAGCUAUCACCAAGGCGCUCACGAUGUGAAUUAUUUGUAUCGGGUGAAGGAAAGACUGAGAAACUUGCUUCAGGUCUGCUGAAGCCAUUUGUUACCCAUUUAAGGGUUGCAGAAGAACAAGUUGCUCAGGCGGUCCAAUCAAUUAAGCUAGAAGUCGAGAAACGUAGAAAUGCUGGCACAUGGUUCACCAAGGGAACUCUUGAAAGGUUUGUCCGGUUUGUUAGUACACCAGAGGUGUUGGAAUUGGUCAAUACAUAUGAUGCUGAGAUGUCUCAAUUGGAAGCGGCCAGGAGAAUUUAUUCACAGGGGUCAGGAGAUCAGCUUUCUGGCUUGUCGGGUGAGAGUGAAACUGUGGUAGCAGGAUCAGCAGACAUUACCAAGCACGAGCUUUUGAGGGCUAUAGAUGUACGGCUCAUUGCAGUUAAACAAGAUCUCACCACAGCAUGUGCUCGAGCAUCGGCUGCUGGUUUCACCCUUGACAACGUCUCAGAACUGCUGCUGUUUGCAGAUCGCUUCGGCGCCUAUCGCCUAAACGAAGCAAGCAGCAAGUUCAUAUCGCUUUGUCAACGCCGGCCCGAGCUGAUAAACCCAUGGAAACCGGAUGUGGACGACCGGGCCGUCCGGUCCUCUUCCGGUUCGGACAUGUCAAUAGACGACCCGGCGGCAGAAGAAAGCGCCCACCUCAAACCUAACGGGCCCCACCAACAAGCCCAACAUCAGCAUCAGCCGUCCAGGCAGGAAGAAGACGCAACCCAGCUCCACGACCCAUCAAAGCACUCCACGUGGCCCCUCAAGUUCUCCUCGUCCGUCAGCCUCCCCUCUCACCGUUCCUCCUCAAGAGAAACGAGUGUCGAUCGCGUUGAGGGCAGAGAAAGAGACGGCCCCACUGAGAAGCCGGCCGAGGAUGCAGCUGAACCAGCUCCGUCUCUGGCCAGCCAGCAACCAACUAGGCGUCUGAGUGUGCAGGAUCGCAUCAACCUGUUUGAGAAUAAGCAGAAGGAGCAGCAGUCUGGGAGUGGCAGUGGCAGUGGCAGUGGCAGCAAGGUCGCUGUUGUUGGGAAGGGGCCUGAGCUUCGGCGCCUUUCGUCUGAUGUCUCAUCCUCGUCUGCAGGCCCCUCAGCCGCCGAGAAGGCAGUGUUGCGGCGAUGGAGCGGCGCCAGCGACAUGAGCGUUGAGCUGAGCGGUGAGAGGAAAGAAACUGCAGAGAGCUCGACGGUGGCGGCGGCAUCUCAUUCCUCAAAUUCUCAGAGUCAGAAGGAUUUGGGGGGAUUGAAGGAUACUGUGACAUCUCAGUUGUGGUCGGGUUUGAAGGAGGAUUCAGAUGCUUCACAGACCACACAAUCAAGGGCUUUUCCAGGCAGAGUAGGGGAGGAUACUGCACUGAAAGAGGAAGCAGCUCAUCGGUCCAAGUUUGGAACGUUCACAGGCCGAGUGGAGGAUGGCGGGUUAAAGGAUCGAGCAGCUUCUGCUAUCCAGUUGAGAGCUUUCUUGGGAAAGGGGGAGGAUGCUUUGUUGAAAGAUCAAGCAGCUCCCCAGACUCAAUCCAGAACCUUUUCAGGUGGAACAGAGCAUGUUGGACUGAAAGAUCAAGGAUUGUCUCAGACCCAGUUCAGAGCCCUUCAGAGUGGAUCAGAGCAUGUGGGAACGAAGGUCCAAGUAGCUACUGAGACACAGUUCAGAUCUUUUCCAGUUAGAGUGGAGGAUGUUGGUCUGAAAGAUUCAGCUUCUCAGGCUCAAUUCAGAGCGCUUCCAAGCAGAGUGGAUGAUGUUGGAUCAAAAGGAUCUGAAGCAUCUCAGAUGCCAUCUAGAGCUUUUCUGAGCAGAGUGGAGGACGUUGGAUUAAAAGAUCAGCCAGCAUCUCAGAUCCAAACUAGUGCUUUCCCAAGCAAACCGCAGGAAGUUGGGUCCAAGUUGAAAGAUCCUGUGAGUUCUCAGAUUCCGUUCAAAGCUUUCUUGGGCAAGGCCGAAGGCAUUGGAUCGAAGGACCUGACAGGUGGUUCUCAGGCUCCAUACAGAGGAUUUGCAGGCAAAGCGGAGGAAGUGGGAAGGAGUGAACCGUUGGCUCCUCAGUCACAUUGGAGAAGUUUCCCUGGCAAAGCAGAUGAAGUCGGGAAAAAAGACUUAGCAUCUUCACAAGCACAAUUUGGAGCCCCUUUUCCCACCAAAGUAGAAGAAUCAGGAGGAAGAGAUUCUGGUUUCCAAGGAAUGAAAUUGCACAGACAAGGCUCUGGUCCAGAGCAGAGCAAGAAGUUUCAGGGUAAGAAGGAUGGCAUCAUGCCUGCUUAUGGAAAUGGAGAGCUGGCUUUCUCAGGAAGGAAGGUUACUGAAAAUCAGCAGAUGUUUGAUUUGGCUGCAAAUGCCUCUGUUGAGCCAGUUCAAAAGGUGAGGCAGUCCAAGGGAAAUCAGGAAUUAAACGACGAGCUGCAAAUGAAGGCAGAUGAGUUGGAAAAGCUUUUUGCCGCGCACAAGCUUAGGGUUCCUGGAGAUCAGACGGCUUCUUCGCGGAGAAGCAAAUUAGCAGAUCCGCAGGUGGAGCAGGUAACUAGUGUAACGGACAAGAAACCUGUGGAGGUUACUCCUAAUCAGUUGUCUGAGAAGAACCAGGCAAGAGAACCAUCAGGGAGUUCGAGCAACGGGUUGGAGUUCGACUUCAGUUCGCUGAUGAAGAUGGUAAAUAAUCGAGACUCUGGUAACUCUUCAAAGCAGCAGUUGGCUGAACUCAGUUCAUCUGAGGACUCCAGGGGGAAGUUCUAUGAAAGGUAUAUGCAGAAACGAGAUGCAAAGCUGCGCGAAGAGUGGGGGUCCAAAAGGGCUCAGAAGGAAGCCAAGAUGAAGGCAAUGCAUGACAGCCUAGAACGUAGUCGAGCUGAGAUGAAGGCCAACUUUGCAGGGUCUGUGGAUAGACAAGAUGCUGCGCUUAGUGCUCGUCGACGUGCAGAGAAGUUGAGGUCUUUCAAUGUUCGUACGUCCAUUAAAAACAAGGAACAGGUAGCGGAGCCCUUCCAGAGUGAUGAGGAAGAAGAUCUCCCAGAAUUUUCUGAGCAGACUCCUUAUGGACAUGAUAGCUCCUUCAAUGAGACUCUUUUCAGUGAUGGUUCUUCGAGAAGCACCCACUCUAAGAAACUUUUACCCAACAGAACCGUUCCUUCCUCCACCCCUCGAACCUCAGUCGCACCAGUUCCACGGUCGUCUGUCAAAGGCACCAACUCAGCUUCUGGAAGGCGACGGAUUCAAGGAGAAAAUCCUCUUGCACAGUCGGUUCCCAAUUUCUCUGACUUCAGAAAGGAAAACACAAAGCCUUCGACAGGAAUUAGCAAGACAUCAAAUCGUUCACAGUCAAGGAACUAUGCGCGCAGCAAAAGCACCAGUGAAGAUGUAUCUCUGGUCAAGGAAGAGAAGCCAAGGCGUUCUCAAUCACUGAGAAAAAGCUCAGCAAAUUCUGGUGAGUUGAAGGACGUGUCGCCUGUAAACUCUGAUGGUGUUGUCCUGACACCAUUAAGAUUUUCCAAAGAGCAAACAGAGCAGAGUCUCUACACUAAAAUUCCAAAGAGUGGCGAGUCGAAGCCCUUCCUCAGGAAGGGUGAUGGUAUCGGUCCUGGUUCUGGGGUUGGUAUUGCUAAGCUGAAAGCAUCAAUGGCUUCUGAGAACAUGAAGAAUGGAGAAGAUUCUGAAGAGUUGGUGGAUCAUACAGAAGAUUCACCUGACACAGUUAAAGAGGAGGAUGAAGAAGAGUUUGAAAGAGCAUCAGGUGAAGAAAAUCUUAAAAUGGGAGAUUUUCCUGCUGACUCAGAUAACGAGAAACCAAGGCUGAGCCAGGAAUCGGAAAAAUCUGGAUACCCAGGAUCAGAAAAUGGCGAGGUCCUGAGAUCUCUUUCUCAAGUGGAUGACAAUUCGGUCUCUGCAAUGGCUGCCAUCUCUUCCAACUUCAAUGCAUCUGCAGGAACUGCUCAAGAUUCCCCAGGAGAAAGCCCUGCGUCAUGGAACUCGCGCACACACCAUUCAUUUUCUUAUACGCAAGAUGCUUUGGAUGUUGAUGCCUUUGCUGAUUCUCCUAUAGGCAGUCCAGCAUCAUGGAACUCGCACUCGCUGUCCCAGAUGAUGGAGGCUGAUGCAGCUCGAAUGCGGAAGAAGUGGGGCAGUGCUCAGAUACCAAUCCUUGUCGCAAACACAUCCCAUCAAUCACGUAAAGAUGUGACAAAAGGGUUCAAACGUUUAUUGAAGUUUGGGAGGAAGAGCAGAGGUGCAGAGAGUCUAAUAACGGACUGGGUUUCUGCGUCAACAACUUCUGAAGGAGACGAUGACACCGAGGAUGGCCGUGAUCUGGCAAACCGCUCAUCGGAGGAUCUGAGGAAAACAAGAAUGGGCUUCUCGCAGUCUCAUUCUUCUUAUGAUGGCUUUAAUGAGGGCGAGAUCUUUCAUGAACAAGAUCAAACCUUACGUAGCUCAAUUCCAGCACCUCCUGCGAACUUCAAACUGAGGGAGGAUCAUCUAUCGGGAAGCUCUUUGAAAGCCCCUCGGUCAUUCUUCUCACUCUCAUCAUUUCGAAGCAAGGGAAGCGAGUCAAAGCCCAGAUGAAGAAAUUCGUCACUCAGUAAGAAUUAUGAUACUAUAAAUAUCUAAGGUGGUUUUGAUAGGAGUAGGUGUAAUGCGACGAAGCUUCUGAAAAAGGUAUGUAAUAUGGGUUCUUCCUUAUAAUAUAACUGCGUUGCUUUUUGUCUAUUUCCUUGUGAGUCUAGCUGUUCUCUUCUGUCAGUGUUGAAUCCGUAGAAUGUAUUAAGUGAAACCGCCAAUUGGCGUGAAAAUAUUAUGAUUUUUGCGAGUCCGGCAUUCUUUUGUUUUUCUUCCUCAUGUAGACCGUAUCCUCAUGAUUUAUAUUGGAAACCAGUUCUCUGUUGUAA